GGCUCGGUGUGCGCUGCCGCCACCUGCCCUGCCUCACAGCGAACAGUUCCUGCCUGGAAAUGCCAGCUUUUCCCCGCAUGGCACCGCCAUGCCACGGCUGCCAGGAGGCUGGAAGCACGGGGAGCACGGGUCCAGCAGUGCAGGGCAACCUUUUCCAACUAGGUUGGAAAAGACCUUUAACAUCAUCAAGUCCAAAUUAAACCGCUGCCAACACUGGGCUUGCAGUAGCUUUCCUCCACAUCGCCUCUAUGGAGACGCUGUGAGCCCGCAGGAAAACCGCCGCUUCCAGGCGCGCUGCCCAUCCCGCCGCCCCUCGCUGGGCCCCGCACGUCCCGGCGCUCCCCGCGGCCAGUCCCGUCGCGCCUCGCGGCCGGGGUGUUGCGGGUGAGGCCAUGGCGGGGCCGCUGAAGCGGUGCCUGGUGCUGCGGAGGGACGGGCGGCAGCAGCACGGCGUGGCCGCCUCCUGCCUGCGGGAGCUGCGCGACAAGGCUAGUGGCAUUCUGGCUAUUGACAAGGACAGGGAGCCCAUCACCUUAGUACUGGCAGAAGAUGGCACCAUUGUGGAUGAUGAAGAUUACUUUUUGUGUUUGCCACCUGAUACCAAGUUUGUGGCACUGGCCAAGAAUGAAAAAUGGUCCAGCAGAAGCUCAGACAGUGGAACAACCUGGCUCUCUGAGUCUACGGAUGAAGUGGACAGUGCCGCAGAGAAGUGGAAGCAGCUAGCUAGGCAACUGAAGGAUGACCUGUCCAAUAUCAUCUUGAUGUCUGAAGAAGACCUCCAGGUGCUUAUUGAUGUACCACGUUCAGACCUGGCAGAAGAACUUGCCCAGAGUCAAACCAAAAUCCAAGUGUUGCAGGACACUCUGCAGCAGGUGCUGGACAGACGAGAAGAAGAACGCCAGUCAAGACAGCUCCUGGAACUCUACCUAAAGGCCUUGAAAAAUGAAGACAGUAUCUUAAGCAAAGUACCAGAAUCUGAGACUGUACCAAGAAAGGAGAUGGAUGUGGUUGACACGAGUACCAGCAGUACCAGCACCUCAGCCAAAACAGUGCUCAGUGACCAGAUCGUUACUGCUCUGAAAGAGAAACCUGCUCCAGAGCUCUGCUUGGACAGUCAAGAUCUUGAGCUGGUCUUGAAAGAAGACACACAAGCCCUGGCCUUGGCUCUGAGAUGGGACAAGCAGAAAGCUGAAGCUCUGCAGCGAGCCUGUGAUCAGGAGCUCUCCAAGUGUCUACAACAAGUGCAGACUUUGCAUUCCCUAAGGAGCACAUCAAAGGGCAAGAAAACACUACCCCUGGGAGACUGGGUUAGUUCAAAACGCAAAAAAUAGACUGUGGUGCUGCUUGCAGUGUCUUGUUUUUUUGUAUUAGAAUCAGUACAAGCAAAGAUGUGUCCUGGGAGCCAUAGUCUGCUGGUCAUGCUGUGGUCAGACAACUCAAAUCUGGACAUUGUCCUGAGGUUUAAACUCCCAUGAUGAUUCAAAUCAUGUGUAACCAAAGGGAUUUUGACUUUUUGCAGAAAACUGGAACAAUGGGAUUGCUAAACACAGCAUGUAAAGGCUCAGCUUUGAAUACCUGGUUGGGAGCCAGCAGCUUCCAUCUGAUAAUGAUGGAUCUGGCUUUUGAAGCCCUGGGCAGUUUGCUUACUUUGUCCUCCUGCCAUUUCCAGUGUAAAGGUUGGAAGACCUCUGGAGAAGAUGCUUCAAGGCAGUUAAUGAACAGGGCAGAAGGGUUAGCCAGCUGCUCUCUGGCUUUAAGCUCCAGCCUGGGAUCAAGGAACUCGAAUUUUCGUGCUCAUUUCAUCAGCUAAAGUCAGUUCAAAGUCUUCUAACUUCUGUGCUUUUUCUGUAAGGAGCUCCUGGCUCCUGGGUGCCGUGUGUAAGCACUAACUUGUAAAACAUAGCAAAGGUGGAAAUACUCGCUUUGUAAGGCUGUGGGGCAGAAGAUUUGGUUUUGGUCUGCCUGUAUUACUCUCCUAAUCAUUAGUGUAAGUAUCCUGAUGCUUUUGUAUUAACUGGCUUAUUUUAAAAUUUGUUGAAGUCUCUCUAAUACCAUUAAAACCUUUUUACCUUA